AUGUCAGCUCUUAUUCUUGCCGGCCACGCCCCUCGCCCCGAGGCUCUUUGCCAACUUCCGGCCACGCCUCCACGCAGCGGCCCAGACCGCAGGUCACGUACAGCCGGGCCUCGCCGCCUCUCGGGGAGCGGGCCCGGUUCGGAGCCCCGGACGCUGGGACAGGCCGCCUGCCGCGCGCACCCGCCCCGCGCGGGCCCCGAGCCCCCCCGCAGGCCCCGCCCCCCGGCCGGGCGCCGCCCCCCCAGGACCCUGGCCCCCCGGGAGCUCCCCCAGACCCGCUGCUCGCGGGGCCGCCGGCACGCGCUCCAGCCCGGCUCCCCGCGAGCGGGAGCCAGCACCCUGCGCCCCCCGGGGCAGCCCCCGCCCGGAGCGCACAAGCCAAGGCCUAAGAAGAUCGUCUUUGAGGACGAGCUGCCCCUCCGGACCGGGCCCUGCCCCGUGAAGCCCCCCGUGUGGGCGGCGUGCCGGCCAGGACCCCCCCACCCAGCGCCGGACUAUGAGCUCCGGUACCCGCCGCCGCGCAGCACCGGCGACCGCGAGCGCUACGCCGCCGUGUUCCGGGACCUGCACCCCGAGCUCCGCGCGCUGCGGCGGGACCUGCGCGCCGCCUGCGCCUCCCUGCGGCGGCUGGAGGCGCUGCUGGCCGCGCUGCCCCCGCCCCGGAGCCAGGCCGAAGCCCAGCUGGCCGCGCGGGUGCACCGGCAGCUCCGGAAGAAGCAGGCGGACCCCUACUUGCUAGCCCGCCAGGCCCGCUGUCAGCAGCUGCAGGCCAAGCUCAAGCUCCUGAAAUCGCACAUCCAGAAAUUCGAUGCCUCGCAGGACGAUGGCUCCGUGUACUUCUGAGGGGGGAGGGGGGUUAUGGGGGUCCCCCUGCCCCCCCACCUCCUGCGGCCUCUCCCUGGCUGCUCAACCACUGCCAGGAGCCAUUGAGGAGUGCGGCUCUGAGGCUCCAUUGUGAUACUGCCUGCCGCUGCCUCCAGGAAGCCUUUCCAGGUUAAUUUCCUUGUUGGGGAAGGGCAGCUUCUCAGCUCCAGCUCCCAAGGGAAAGUGGGGGGAACCCCCCCGGGCUGUGGAGCCUCACGUGUGUUUAAAUAAAGCUCUCUUGUGAGGACAGGCU